AUGCCGAUUGUUGAGCGCCUGGCCUACGGCCUCAUGUUCAAGGGCCGCGGCAACGGUCGCAAGCUGCAGGCUGCGCGUCUGCUGAAGCACACACUGGAGAUCAUCCACCUGCUGACAGACGAGAACCCCCUGCAGGUUGUGGUGGACGCCGUCUCGAAGGGUGCGCCGCGUGAGGACUCGACCCGCGUCGGCUCCGGUGGUGUUGUGCGCCGCCAGGCUGUGGAUGUGUCGCCGAUGCGCCGGGUGAACGAGGCGAUCUAUCAGAUGUGCAAGGGUGCGCGCGAGGCUGCCUUCCGCAAUCUGAAGUCGAUGCCGGAGUGCCUCGCGGACGAGAUCGUGAACGCGUCUAAGGGUAGCUCGAACUCGUAUGCCAUCAAGAAGAAGGAUGAGGUGGAGCGUGUGGCCAAGGCCAACCGGUAA